AUGGCGACAAGGACGGAGACGUGCACCGAAGUUGCCGUCCGUGCCUCGCCCAACCCCUUCAGCUGGGAAGUUCUGGAGGACGAGCCUAAGGUUCAACGCACUUGCAUUGGUAGGUCUUUCCGCUCGACCGAGUACGAGAUUCUGCACACUGGCGGCUUCGUUCGUCUGUGCACGGAGCGUGGGCGCGUCUACUGGCUUGCACAGAACGAGCACGACCAUCGCUUGCCCGACUGGAAGCUGCAUUUCUCCGUUCACAUCAGCGACGUGCCCAGGGCUUGGAACGUGAUGUCUGAGCUCUUCCUAAGCCAGGCCUGUGACUUCGGAAUGAAAGCCGUCGCAGGAGAGGCCCUCGACUCCUGGCCCGAUGAGCAGCGGGGGAGGGAGCUCACGGUCUACAUCUUCCAGGACCACCCUGUCUACAAAGGAGGGGGCCCCAUGAUGGGAUAUUGCCCAGGUUUCGAACACAACUUCUGGUUGGGUCCCGAGUUCGAGCGGGACAGCGCUUUUUGGUUAAACUUCGUGGUGCUGGCCGAAGAUGCCCUGGCUGCUGCAGGCGUCCGGAGCCGCGGAACCGCGCACGGCGACCUGUCGCUUGGUCACUACGCAUCCCUCCGCAAUGAGGCUUUCAUCUUCGAGCCUUCUGAGCAGCUCUACAUCUAUCCGCCUAAUGAAAGUGGGUGGAAUGCUGCCGGUCACAUCUGUCCGCUCCAGCUGCCUUUUCACAUCCGCCUGGGGGUGGAGUGCACUGCAGGCCUGGCCAAGCUGCGCAAGCUGCGCGCAUCGCGUGGAUGUUGCAGUCGACGGCAGCGCUAA